AUGACGUCAAAAACCAAGCUGCAAACGGUAAAGCGAAGCGACCGCGCAUCUCCAAACAUGGUUCGGUGCGCGGUGCUUGGUGCGGGGUUGCCGCUUAGUUACUGUGGUGACACAACUGAGUACGCCACGUUCCGACCGGGUAAUCCUUAA